AACCAAUCAGUUGGUACGUGGUAUUCUAGACAAUGUACAGACAGAGAGACAGCCAAGAAUCAAUACAUUGGUCAUUCCUUUUCUGUCACGGCCCUUCAUUCUGCUUAUUGUUUGUCUAACCUCUAGACUAUAAGUGAAGUGUGCUAAUUGUUGCAAGAAAAACCAUGGAAUACGUAAAUGCGAAAUGUUUAUGAUGGAAUUAGGAGUCUUGGGGCAUGCCUCAUUACUUAUAUGUAUCCUGCAGAAAUGCAGAUAUGAAUGCUUCAAUUUACUUAUUUUCUUUCUUAAUCCAUAACAGUGUGGAUAUCUCAGUAGGAGAGAAAGAAGACCGUAUGAUGAUGACUGGAAUGAACACCGUCGUUGAUAUAUUCUGUGUGGGGUGUGGCUCAAUUGUGGGAUGGAAAUACGAGUCUGCACAUGAAAAGACUCAGAAGUACAAGGAGGGAAAAUUCAUUCUUGAGAGGUUUAAGGUGUUGGGUCCUGAUGGAAGCAACUACAUGGUGAGCCAUGAAGCUCUGGUUAGUGGCAGUGAUGCCGAAAAUGCUUGAUUGCUUAGCACUUCAAUUUGGCAGAUUGC